CGAAGUUUGACCCAGUACAGCGGCGCGGUCAAGUGAAACGCGCCUGGGUGCCGCUGCCAAGCUUUGAACCCUCCUCAGGUGGGACCAUCAUUCUAACGCUCUCCUCCUCGCCGACGUCCUCAUUCUCCGUAGCUCUGUGGCCCACACUUUUUUCCGAUCCUGUGCUCGAAGUUCAUUUCAGCGGCCCUUGACUGCAACAAGAAAUGGUCGCCUUCUCACGCCUGGCCCUUGCCUCCAGCCUCGUAGUCGUCGGCACCUCGGCGCUGGGCCUCGCCGCAGCGGCACAUGACCUCGCCGUCGACCACGUGGAGGGCGGAGGACGCAGUGACCAGACGCCAGAGGAGCUGGGCUUCUCCGAGGCAGGUGAUUCCGACGACGCGCAGAGCUAUGGCAAGUCGCAGUUCAGUGAGGAGUUCUGCUUGGACAUUGGCGCGAAGGGCUUUCCGAUCCCCACGUUCAAGAUGCUCCAGGCGGCUAAUUGGGACGCGGCGACGUACUUUGCGCAGUUGCAGGGGGCAGGGUACGCCGAGGACGCCCUGCAGAUGACCGGCCCGGACGCAGCCCUGCUGAAGUCGGAUUGCAUGAAGGAGCGUUCCCACGGCAGGACGAAGCACAUUUUUGUGGGCGAUUCGCAGAUGAUGUCCCUCCGCAACGCGUUCCACCGCCUCAACAAGUGCCCUGAAAUCUGGUGGUCCAACCACACUGAGCAGGACAUUUCUGACAUGAUGGGGACGGUGCAGAGGAACGACAAGUCCAAGUCAAGGACGGGGAGCAACGCGCGGUUCUAUUCCAAGGCCGAGCAGGCCCCGGGGACAGCGCAGCUGCCCCACGGCUGCACGGAGGAGGGCAUUGGAUCCUUCAUCCACUGGGACGGUUGGGUCAGCCACACGCUGCCCGUGAAGGAGAUCAAGAAGGAGAUGGAGUUGAUCGGCGUGGACCCUGUGGAGGGGGACAACGUUGUCGUCUGGGUUGGAUCGAACUUCAUCCCGGCAAGGCACAGGAUGACCGCCCUGCUGCAAGCCAUCAACAAGCUCCAUGAGAUGAAGGUCAAGCUGGUGUGGGACUCGCCGGCCUACCAAGACGUGGCCCUCAUGGCCGCCACGACGACCCACAACGAGGGACGCGACGAGCGCACUAAGAUUCCCAUCGCCUUCAACUCCAUCAGUCAGCGGAAGGCCACCGGGCAGAUCGGCUCCAAUGAAUAUGCAACCGAGAAAUCGCUCUACGAGCAGGGCAUCGAGGUCCCCACCACGAAGAGGUGGCAGAUCACCAACCGCUAUCGCGGGCUCCAGUGCGACGGCAUCCACACCGACAUGCGCGCCAGGGACCCCCUCUUCUACGACAUGCCGUGCCCCAUGGGCAAGCAGAAGUACGGUCAGUCCACCUUCUGCACCUGGGUGGAGCCCUUCAAGAAGGAACUCAGCGGCCUCUGCCCCUGGGCCUACGGGCUGGACGACAUGGUGCUCCAGAGCGGGCUCUACUCCAUGUGCGCUGCGCACGAGAAGCCUUUCUGCUACUCCUACACCGAGCACAUCCGCUGAGAGCCCGGGUUGCGCGCGGCGAGGGUGUUGUAGUCUGGUGAGUGCUUGAAUUCUUUGGCGAACAUCUUACGUGCGAUCGUCCUGUGCAAGGUCCUCGCUCGCCUCGUUCUCUUCCUCGCAGGAGUCACUCCCAGAGAGUAAUCGUUUCUCCAGGGUGCGCAUUGAUUCGCCGGGUCUCCUGUCCCUUGGCUGGAACACCAGCUGAAGUAUCGGGUGACACUUUUUUGAGGGAGUGAUGGACACGACAAUUCCCAGGCGCUGUGCUGUCACAUUUGGGGUGCGGCAGCAUACGCUCUAGCUUCGGCGUAAGCAGCACUUAGGGAAGGGUCUGUUUGCAUCUUCGGGCUGUCGAGCCGCGCCAAUUUCCGCCAACAGCGCUUGCACUUGAGGGCUCUAAUUGGUUUUUGAAGGAACUGGACCUGCGCGGCGGUCUGGCGACUCUCACACCACAUAUUCCAGUACAUCGUUUACGCUGGAUCGAUUCUCUUU